AUGGAGUUCUCGCCAACCGCACCGGCCGGUGGCGAGGAAUCCGAGAGGGUUUGCGCGUCGCCGUCGGUGGUGGAGAAAGAGCACAUGUUCGAGAAGGUAGUGACUCCCAGCGACGUGGGGAAGCUGAACCGCCUGGUCAUCCCCAAGCAGCACGCCGAGCGCUACUUCCCGCUCGAUGGCGCUGCCGCAGCGCUGGCGGCGGAGGGUAGCGGCGGCAAGGGGAUGGUCCUCAGCUUCGAGGAUCGCGCGGGAAAGGCGUGGCGGUUCCGGUACUCGUACUGGAACAGCAGCCAGAGCUACGUGAUGACCAAGGGCUGGAGCCGCUUCGUGAAGGAGAAGAGCCUCGGCGCCGGCGACACCGUCCUGUUCGGCCGCGGGGUCGGCGACGGCGCCGCGCGCGACCGCCUCUACAUCGACUUCCGCCGCCGGCGCCCGGCCGAAUCCUACAGCGCCACCGUAGCUUUCCCGCCACCGGCGACGUCGUCUUUGUCACAUCGCCUGCCGCUCCUCCCGUCUGUGCCGUUCUGCCCGUGGCGGCGGGACUUCGGCACCACCUACGGCGUCCCCCCCGCUGCCUCGGGGUCCAAUCGUCAUGUGCUAUUCCUGCGGCAGCAGGUGCCAGCGGCUGUGGUGCUCAAGUCCGUGCCGGUGCGCGCCGCGGCCUCCGUACUGGAGCCGCCGGCGAGGCCUAUGCCUAAGCGAGUCCGGCUGUUCGGCGUGAACCUCGAUAGCCCGGCCACGGAAGACGAUGGCACCUGCGGAGUCACACAGACGGUGACCUCAACGCUCCUGCAGCAGCUGCUGCCCUCGCCGUCGUCGUCAACGUCGUCGACGGCGGGUAAGGAGAGGCAGUGCUCCCUGGAUCUUGGAUUGUGA